AUUCUAUCAAACUCCUCUGCUUGCCUCUCGCGUGCGACAUUUUUCUUCUGUACAUCUUGCAAGGUAAUACAAGAAAGUCAAUCAGCACUUUGAAAGUUAAGCUUGCGAAGAAGUCAUAGCACCUCCAACAUGGCGCAGCCCAUUCCUGCCAAGUCUGAUUCGGAUGGGGAUAGUGCAAAAGCUUCUCAUGCUGGGUCCGUUCAGCUUCAAGAGAUUGCGACAGACUCUCAGUUCUCAAGCUUGACGUCUAACCUCCCAUCCUCGGCACUUCUGGUCAUCUACUUCCAUGCGCCAUGGGCAGAGCCGUGCAAGCAGAUGUCCACCGUGCUUUCAACACUAGCUAGCACAUAUCCCGCCACCAGCCCACCGUCGAUAGUUUUCGCCUCUCUGAACGCGGAAGAACUUCCUGAUAUAUCAGAACUGUACGACGUCACCGCAGUCCCUUACAUUAUUCUCCAGAAGGACGGACAAGUGCUAGAGAAGAUCUCUGGAAGCGAUGCAGGCAAAGUGCGCGCCGCAGUCGAGAAGUACGCAGGAAGGAGCGGUAGCUCAGGCAGACUUGAUCUUCCUCCUGCACAAGCUGUCUCGAAACCAGCAGAGAAUGGCGGCGCGGCCAACGAGCUCGGCGGCCACGUACCGCGCUCCACCGAUGCGGCCAGUACAUCACAGGUUCCAUCAGGAGAACAGAGUAAAGAGGAGCUGUUCAAGCGACUUGAGGGCUUGGUUAAGGCUGCCCCGGUCAUGCUGUUCAUGAAGGGAACUCCAAGCGCUCCGCAAUGUGGUUUCAGUCGACAGACUGUGGCUCUUCUGCGUGAGCGAAGUAUACGUUAUGGUUUCUUCAACAUCUUGGCAGAUGACGACGUGCGACAGGGUUUGAAAGAGUAUUCUGACUGGCCUACCUUCCCACAACUGUAUGUGGAAGGCGAGCUUGUGGGGGGCCUAGAUAUUGUCAGAGAGGAGUUUCAGAAUAAUCCCGAAUUCUUGAUGGAGUACUCCGUCCAAAAGACUCAGACUGGAUCAUGAAUGGCGCAAAUGAAGGCUAGCCGUAAUUUUGUGAGGGACACCUGAAUACAACCUGAAAUUCUGCUCCAUCAACUGGGUUCUCCAUCGCUUGAGGUCCUGACGCUCCCAAUCUUGAUUUGAAAGCCGCCAAUUACACUAAGGGCAUAAAGUCAAGCAAUGUAUUUGAUGGCCAGACAUAGAUUACUUGCAUGGCAGCCCACGCUGCUUGCGGACAGUUACAUGAAUGCUGAAAUUUGUUCCUGCUAAGGCAAUCUCGCCCGAGCCUUUUUUGCAUUAACCUAGUUCGUUAGGCUGUGACUUCAGAAACACGUUGUUUCAGUUCGCUUGACAGUUCUGCGCUUCAAGGAUGAGGUUAAAAUAGACUCAAGCCCUUAAAAAAUCCACCGUGAAGCAAGC